AUGCAUUUCAAAUUGAUCAGUAACCUGCUGAAUGGUGUUACGUGCGUUGAGUCAGAGACAGUACCUGAACAGGACGCGUUCAGGCUGCAGCAAGCCCUGCCCUUGCACAGCACGCAGCUGAGCCCGAUAUCUGAACCAAACGAGUUUGACAUCAUGCUUGUAAUGCCUGUCCCAAGGAUUCAGCUGGAUGAGUCUGAUGAUACUGGAGCCUAUUAUUAUGUAUCAUUCAAAAGGAGUCCAAAAGAAAAGGGCUGGUUGAAGUUCUUAGAGGAAGAUGGAAAAUUAUCAGCCUUUAAAAUGCUUCAAGCACUAAGAGAAAUUAUUAAACAGGAAGUAAAAACCAUUAAAGUUUCUUUGUUACUAGAUGUAGAAGUCACUGUGGCAAGGAAAAAGGCUGGAAGCCCUGCAAUAACUCUUCAGAUCAAAAAUCCUCCAUCCGAAAUAUCAGUGGACAUCAUCUUGACUUUGGAGGCUCAGAAGAGCUGGCCUCCCAGCACACAGGAUGGCCUCAAAAUUGAACAAUGGCUGGGAACAAAAAAGAGGAGGGAUUUCAGAUUUAGCUCAAUUUAUUUAGUAGCCAAGCAAAACAAAAGAGAAAAAGUUCUAAGAGGGAACACCUGGCGACUCUCCUUCUCACAUAUUGAAAAGGAGAUGAUAAACAACCAUGGCAACUCAAAGACAUGCUGUGAAUCCGAUGGACCAAAGUGCUGUAGGAAAGGUUGUCUUAAGCUGCUGAAGUUUCUUCUAGAGCGACUUAAAAUGAAACAUCCAAAAGAAUUGGAAAAAUUCUGUUCCUAUCAUGUCAAAACUGCUUUUCUCCACUCCUGUGUCAUGUGGCCAAAUGACACGAACUGGCACUUGGGAAACCUGGAUCAUUCCUUUCAGCAAUGUCUGGGAUUUUUUGUGGAUUGUCUGCAAAAGUCUCAGCUAACUCACUUUUUUAUUCCCCAAUACAACUUGCUCAGCCUAGAAGACAAGGCAAGACAUCAUUUCCUUUCAAGAAAAAUAAGCUAUGAAUUGAACAAUGGAUUCCCAGUAUUUCAUGAGAAUUAUUAAGAACAUUGUUCACAAUAGAUGUCUAAUCAUGUUGACUUUACAUAUUUGAAACAAAAAACUGCACCAUAAAUAACACUUCUGUAGUCUGUACUACAAAACCCAAAAAAACCCAAACCAAAAUAAAAUCAAGACCACUAAGAGAAAAAUGUAUACUUCAGUCACACUGCUUAGCCAUAACCCUUAAAAGAAAUGUUUUAAGUAGUAUUUACCUUGCCUAUCCAAAUGUGGAUGUCACCUGCAAAAUAUCUUCAAGGUAUACUAAGAACAUUGAGAAGAAUUUGAAAUAGUUCAUUUCCCACAUGUAACUUUUAUGUUUCCAAAUACAAAGGCAUCAAUGACUGCAUAAAGAGACAACUGACAAUUUUAUUUAAAACUUAGAUCUGCUGCAGAAUAUCAAAAUACACUCCUACUUUCAAAAGAAAAUAAAAAGUCACUGGAGUUACUUCAACAUUAACCAGAACAACUUCUCCAGAUUACCUGGGUGGAUAUGAAGACCUUUUGCAGAAGACAAUCACCAGCAACAGUUACCAGAGAAAGAAUAUUUUAGCUGAGUAAUAUGAAGUUCCUGAACUAAGUUAUCCUUUCUGAGUCUUCAGAAUUACUUUAGAAAUCAGUCUUUUCAUUGGGCUUUGGAUGGGAAACAAUCGUUACCUAAUAUGCUGCAACAGAGUAGAUGGUUUUCUGCCCAUGAGCAUUUAUUUGUAUGAUGAAUCAUGUAGAAAGAAAUGCAUCUUUCAACCUGAAUCAAAGAGGAAGACUCUUGAUAUAAAAGGCUUUCAAAACCAAAAUGCAGCAUGUACUGGACACUCCUGAAAUUGAAAUUCAUAUCCAUUUUUCUCAUAUUGAAGAAAUGUGUGUUAGGAAAAAAAUAAUUAUAAUAAUUCCUAUUACUAAAAUUGUGCAGGUGAGAAGGACACACCAUUUAAGAACUGCUAUGCUGCAAAUAAAUACAACGUUUGCUUCUACUUAUAGAAGCCAUGGGAAGUCCAUAUUUUUAGCCUACUUUUUGAAGGCAAAAUAACCUACUGGCUUGAAUAAUGCCCAGAUUUACCUCAAUAAUGAGCAAAUUAAGAGGAAAGAAUAUUUAGAGUAAUUUUUCUAAAAUAUUCUCAUUUUACUGAAUUUUGUUUAUUAGUUUUUAUUUAAUCAUAUGACGCAUAAAUAAACACAAGUUCAGACCAAGCAUCAAAUGAAGGAAUAACUCCUUCCCAUAUAAAUUUCAAAGAGUAGAAAACAUGCCCCAUUUUCACCAGGAGUCUGUGUGACAGAACCUGACAUCCAAAUGUAAAGUGUGAAUCGACUUUAUCUGGAAGAAAUAAAAGGUGACCUUCAAAUGUAUUCUUUUCUCCAUGACUUUGUUAACAUUGCUCUAGUAAAUUCUGGUUUCAUUCCUUAAGCUAAACUAUUACAUCCACAAAAUCCAAAAGCAGGUUUUCUUCCCCAGUUAGCCACAAACAAGUACUUCCUGUCAUGCUCUCCUCCAUUACAAGAAAAUGCAGACUGCUCUCAAAAAAUCUUGAGAGACAAGUCUUAACAAAAAUGACUACCGAUGUUAAGUUUUAAAAUAAGAAUAAAGAAAACUUGCUUCAGCAAACAUAAGUAAUGGCAAACAGAGCAGUUUUCACUAUCCUGAGAAAUCCUUCUGCAUGCCAACAGCAUAUCAAGAGAAAGGUACAGUAUUUUGAAACUACAUUGACAAACAUUGCUUACAAUCAAUAAUCUGAAUAUAAAAGGAAAAAUUAUCUUUUACAUUCUUAUAUAGUAAUAUCGUAUUUAACUAAAAAACCCCCAAACCAACCAACAAAGCCACAAUAUUUGUUUUUAACCAGUAGACAAUGGCUUUAGAAGUUUCAUACAUCACACAAGAAAAAGAAAUUAUGUGAAAAUAGUGUCCAAGUGCAAAGCCAGAUUUAUUCCUAUAUAAAGUUAAUCAAGUUUUCUAAGACGCUUUUGAGAAGUUUGUUUAAAUAGGACAGGUACAGAAAACAAUCAAACACAAAACAAAGGCAAUAAAUUCAAGCCCAUGGAAGCUAAC